AUGGCCGGUCGUGGAGGCGUAGUCAACGACACCAAGAGCGGCAUCCCCUCAUGGGACGGUAUUGUCCCUGUUCAAUGCCAACCAAACCCAUCAAUUCUCCGGCUAAGUGCCAGCCUCACAUGGGUCCAAGCUCAUGAACCUCUACAUGCCGAUAUUGAUUAUAACAAGACCAACGGGGUUGGACCAGGGAUGUCAUUUGCCAAUGCAAUCUUGACGAAAGUGCCUAACUUUGGUUCCAUUGGUUUAGUACCGUGCGCAAUUGGAGGGACUACAAUAAGUGAAUGGGCAAAGGGAGGUUUCCUUUAUGAACAAUUGGUGAGGAGGACUCAGGCCGCCUUGCAAAAUGGUGGCGUCAUUAGAGCUAUGUUAUGGUAUCAAGGGGAGAGUGAUACCGAAAUCAAAGAAGAUGCUGAUGCGUAUAAAGGGAGAUUAGACAAGUUUUUCACAGAUCUCCGCGCUGAUCUAGAGUAUCCAGUGUUACCAAUAAUUCAGGUGGCUCUGGCAUCAGGGAAGGGUCCAUAUGUGAAGAUUGUGAGAAACGCUCAAUUGGGAAUUAAGCUUCCUAGCGUGCAAUGUGUUGACGCCAAGGGACUUCCGCUGGAACCCGAUAAGUUGCACCUUACCACACCGGCUCAGGUUCAACUGGGGGAGACGUUGGCUGAUGCAUUUCUUCAAUCCUUGCAUAACCCAAUUCACAUUACCAAAUGGUUUCUUUUUGCUCGAAAGCAACAACAGCGGCAGGCAAUAUUGGCACUCUUCUCAGAGUAA